GCCAGUUUCCACCCAACGAGACUGUAUAAAAAUGAGGAGCAGAAACGUUGUGCUCACAGUCUGGCACGCUGAGGAGAUCCGAGGAGUGAAGCAAACACACAGCAGAGAGAGAGUCAGGAUUCAGUAGAUACUUUUCGAGCUUCACUCGUUCAUUACCGACCACUGAAGAUGAUGGGGACUGCGACAAUCCAGUGCAUUAUUCUCUUGGCCUGCAUAGCGAUUUGCUCUUCAGUUCCUGUGACGCGAUGCCUGUGCAAUAAACCAAUCCAAGCUGUGAACUCUUCCCUCAUCGCUCAAGUCACUCCAUAUGAGCCUCGUGCUUACUGCAACAAGCAAGAAGUCAUAGUCACACUGAAAAAUGGCACUACCAAGUGUCUUGACCCUGGCUCAGCAUUCACCAAAAAACUCCUGCAAGUAAGACAGCAGAAUAUGGCACGUGCUAAUAAGGUGAACGUCAUCAGCCCAGCAGCAAAAAAGACAACCCCAGCAUCAGCCACAGUGUCAGGCACAGAAUCAGCCACGGAGCUCAUGGAAUCAGCCACAGCAUCACUCACAGAAUCAGCCACAGAAUCAGCCACAGCGCUGCCGACGUCAUCGUAAUGCACAUCGCCUGUGUGUUUAACUGGUGUAAUAGAGGUGGGAUGUCAGUUGGAAGCACAGCUUUGCAGCCUGGCAGUACGGUUGAUGUAGUUUGUGUCAAUAUACUAUCGCACUGGUGGCACAACACUAAAAAUAUAUGAAACUAUCAGUAACUACUUUGGAAACUGGCAGCUUGAACUGACAGCGAGAUGUGAAAGUGUAAAAUAUGGAAUUCUUUGUCAGCCAGAAGGGAGCUUCUGAGGAUUUAGGAGACAUAUGGUGAAGAGUGUUUAUCCAGGGACACUGGUUAACCCCUGGUUAAAAAGGACAGUUUGUUUGUUUUCCCAAACUGCACACAUAGCAUAUUAAUAAUAAUAUAUAGGCAUUGAUUGUGAUUUAGAUAAAGCUGACAUGACGUGAAGAUCAGUAAUAUCUAUUGCAAUAAAUUACUGUGAAUAUGAGCAGUGUUAAUAGGUUUGUGCACAAUUUAUUUAAGUAGUUUGAAGAUUUUUUUUAAAAAUAUUGUUUUAAAUACAUGUGAAUGCAUGUGUACAUUCUGUAUAUCUGUGUGUGUUUGUGACAAGUUUGCUUUUAUAAGGUUGAACGCAUAAUGUACACAACUGACACAUUAUGCUUCAGGGACACAGAACUACAAUAAAACUGGGACUUGUUAAAUGAU